AUGGCGCUGGACACGAUGGAGAAACAGCCCGAGCAUGAGAUCAGCCAUGCUGGCAGUAGCCUGGAAACUGCAUCCCCGGAGCUGCAGGUUAACUCGAAGCGCGAGAGAGCUCUUCUGCGCAAGAUCGAUCUGCACCUGAUGGGGCCUCUCUGGGUGGUCUUCGUUUUCGGCUUCCUGGAUCGCAUCAACCUGGGCAAUGUGGCGGUCUUGGGCAUUCUCAAGGAGCUCAAAAUGAACGGGAAGGAUAUGGCGCUGGGGAUGCAGAUCUUCUUCGUCCCGUAUAUCAUCGCUGAUAUCCCGAGUAAUAUCAUCUUGAAGAAGUUCUCGCCGUCAACUUGGAUCAGUAUCCUGACUUUUUUCUGGGGUGUCACAUGUAUGUGCCAGGGCGUGGUGAAGAACAAAGCCGGGCUGGUUGCAUGCCGCUUCUUCAUGGGUCUCUUCGAAGGAGGCUUCGUGCCUGGGUGCGCAUACCUGAUGUCCAUGUACUACAGCCGCCGUGACUUCCAAACGCGCUUCUCGCUUCUCUGGGUUGCCGGUCUCGUCGCUGGUGCGUUUGGUGGUCUGCUAGCGUAUGCUCUCUACCACAUGCAUGGCUUGGGAGGCUACUCCGGAUGGCGCUGGAUUUUCAUCAUCGAAGGCUUGCUAUCGAUCGUCUCAGCCAUCCCGGCCAAGUUCCUGAUUGCGGAUUGGCCCGAACAAGCGAGAUUCCUCAAUUCCGAGGAGAAGGCCUUGCUCAAGGAACGCAACGCGCGGGAUCUUGACGGAUGCGAUGGAGCCAGGAUGGAUCGGCUGGACGGCGCCGCGUGGCGUCGGAUCAUGUCCGACUGGAAGAUCUACGUCGGCAGUCUGAUCUACAUCAGCAUCACCGUCUCCGGCUACGCGACAUCACUGUUCAUCCCGUCGAUCGUAAACUCGCUCGGCUACUCCGGCAUCGACAGCCAGAUCCACAGCAUCCCAAUCUGGGUCGUCGCCGCGGUUGUUACCUUGGCGGUGUCAUACCUGACAGACCGCAUGCAGCAUCGCUACGGGUUCGUCAUGUUCGGAACCGUCUUCGCCAGCAUCGGCUAUGUCAUUUUGCUUUGCCAGGGGCCACCGCAUCAGCUGGGCGGACUGAACGUGCAUGUACGGUAUAUGGCCGUCUUCUUCGUCAACACGGGCUGUUACAUCGUGCAGCCAGUCGCGAUUGUGUGGAUGGCGAAUAACCUGGGCGGACACUACAAGCGGGCCAUCGGCCUCGCCAUCCAGAUCGGCUUUGGCAAUAUUGGAGGCAUCAUUGCAAGCAACAUCUUCAACUCGGAUUCCGCGCCGAGAUACUUUGUCGGUUACGGUGUUGCGCUGGCCAUGAUGGUGCUGUGCGCGAUCAUGAGCACCGUGUUUGCCGUCGGGGUCGUGAUCGAGAAUAAGAAACGGGUUUCAGGCAAACGUGACCACCGGUUGAAUGGGGAUGCCAGUGUAGUGAACAAUCUUGGGGAUGAUGACCCGAGAUUCCGAUUCUGUCUGUGA